AUGCCUCUUCCAUCCAACCCAGAGACCGUCGAAUCAGCUCGUCAACUCGUUGACGUCUUCCACAAAUUCUUCGGUUCCCAUCCCAGUUUCAGACCCGCCCACGCAAAAGGCAUCCUACUCAAAGGAACGUUCGAACCAACCCCAAACGCCUCAACCCUCUCAACGGCCCCGCACCUUCAACGCCCAAGUACUCCCAUCAUCGCCCGCUUCUCCAGCUCAACUGGAAUCCCAGAUAUCCGAGACACAAAUCCGAACGGAAACCCCCACGGCUUUGCUGUCAGAUUCAUGCUCGAAGAGACGCCCCGCCGUGUACACACUGACAUCAUCACGCACUCGACACCCUUCUUCCCGGCCAAGGAUGGACCCGACGCAUUGGCGUUCUUCACGGCGCUGGCGAAUGGGACUAUUGUGCAGCAUCUAGAAACUCAUCCUGCUGCGAAGGCGUUUAUUCAGGCGCCGAAACCGUUCCCUGUUUCCUUUGCGACCGAAGAAUACUUUGGUAUUCAUGCAUUCAAGCUUGUGAAUGGAGAUGGUAUGGGGACUUUUAUUCGGUAUCGCAUUUUGCCGAGGGCAGGCAAGGCUCAUUUAAGGGAGGAGAGGAUUGAGGAACAGAGUGGAAAUUAUCUUUUUGAUCAACUGGAGGCUACUUUGAAGGAUGGGGCGGUUGAAUUUGAUCUUGUUGCCCAGGUUGCGGAGGAGGGGGAUGUUACUGAUGAUUGUACGGUUCACUGGCCUGAGGAUCGGGAGAUUGUUACUUUGGGGAAUAUCUCAUUGGAGCAGAUUUUGGAGGAUAAUGCAGAUGAGCAGAAGAGGAUUAUUUAUGAUCCUGUGCCUCGAGUGGAUGGGAUUGAGCCUUCGGAUGAUCCGCUUGUUGAUGUGCGGGCUGCUUUGUACUUGAUUAGUGGGCAGGAGCGGCGGGCUGCUUAG